AUGGCUGCCUUGGAAUGGGUUUGGAAGCAUCGUUAUUUAAUUCUCCUUUGGAGUGAGCUGCAAGUCUUGCUUUUUUCAGCUAUAAUUUAUGGCUGGGCAGCUCUAGCAGUCGUCUUAAAACAAGAUAACAUAUUUCAUGACUUGUGCAAACCUACAAGCAACGGAAAUUCGACUUUGAUUACAGAACGUCGCCUCAAAACCUGUAUUGAUGAACGAUUAGACUUGGUAUUUCUAACCGGUCUUCUUGCGUAUAGUGUAACUGGUAUCGUUUCUGGACCUUUUCUAGACCGCUUUGGACCAAGAAAAGCACGGCUACUUUCGAG